AUGGAAAAAACAUCACCACCUGAUUACGAUAGUUUUGCAAUAUUCCCAGCUCUUAACAUUGCACGUCUGGGUAACGCCAAAGGAUAUUAUGUUGGUUCCGAAAUUCCUGGAGUGUAUGUUGGAAAGGGCAAUCCUGAUUUCCAAUUUAAAAUGAAUGGUAAAAUUAUACCACAAGCCGCAAGGUUUAGAAUCUAUGGUUAUAAAAACGACGAGAACUUGGGCGAGAUAGACCUUAGCAAAUAUAAAGGUGUGACAAUCAAAUGGACUGUUGUACUGGCCAAUAAGAAAGCAGCAAACAAAGCUUUUGAAGGCAUGGCGCAGUAUAAUGCAAAAGGCCCUCUUCGAAAUGCCGAUUGGCCUCACGAUAGAUCGACGUUGAUGGCUAUUCAACAGCAAAGCCUAACGUUUGAUGGACAUGGCCAACCACCAUCGCCUAAAAAAUUUAAGCCGCGAGUUUAUCGUGAAAAUAUCGAAGAUAAAGAUGUUAACGACGGACAUCAGUUAAAAUUGGGCAAAAUGAUAGUAGAAAAACAAGGAAGUUUGUUAAUUAUCGGUGGAAAGGGAGAGUCUGGGAGUAUUAAAGAAAAUGCUAUAAUUACCGAUUACGCAAACAAUGAUUAUUGGUACGAUGACACUUGUGAUGGUUCCAUAGAGGCUACAGUUACAAUCGCACAUGAUGAAAAUUGUGAACCAAAGGGAAAGUCAUGGGUCCUUGUGGCACCUCCAAAGUAUGCACCAGGUAUUCGCAACGUUGUACCACUGUAUCAAAUUAUCUUGGAAACGCAACACCCAGUUGAUCCGGAUUAUCCAGCAAAUGAUCCUGUAAAUUAUCUAAACAGUGAUACGAGGGAAAAAAGGAAAGAAAAUAUGAAAGUGAAUUACUACCGUGAUAUUUAUCCAAUCUUUGAAGCUGUCUGUAGAAACUCUUGGGUUAAUGAGAUGGGUUUUAGGGGUCAUGGGACGGAUAAGCCUGGUAACUUUUUAAAUCCCAACUUGGAAAUGAAGUUGAGCACUCCUCCAAGUGGUCAAGUUGAUGAUUACAAGCAUAUGAGAGAAAGCGUUUUAUCUCGUGUCCGUAUACCUUCCGAACUCGCAAGCUCGUUUGAAUCCAAUGGACAAGCUUAUGAUUACUUCAUGCCGCCUCUGUCUGGUAUUGCUGGAGAUGUACAAGCGAGUAACCCAGACACCUAUUUAACUGUUACUCGGGGUCAAUAUUUACUACUGCAAAAGUGGGCCAGGGGAGAAUUUGAAAAAGGAGUUAAACCACAAGAUUACAAAUACAAUUACGAGUGCGAUCCUGAUCGACGAGAACCCACGUAUGGUGACGAUAAGAUUGAUUUUCAGGAUAUGGUUGCUAAAAUCCUCGGCGAUGCGAGUGAUCAGGAUAAGCUGGUUGCGCAAGUUCAGUUUUUAAACAAAGCCCCGCUCGAAUGGUCUGUUGGAGGCGCAUUCUUUCCUGGAAUUGAAAUGACUUAUUUGGCGUAUGACAGGAAUACAUUUCAUGAGUAUUAUGACUUUAGGAUUAAUUCCACCAAUUUUCAACCUGGAGAUAUCAAUAAAUACAUGGCUUUACCCUGGCAAGGCGAUUUUUUCGAGUGCUCUAAAAAUUGGUGGCCAGCUCAAAGGCCUGAUAUUGUAAUUCCAAAAGAAGUAUAUGAGAAAACAAGUGAAAAAAGAAAAAUUCAGUCAGGCGACUUUGUGAAAUGGACCCGCGGCUUUAGAGACAAUGAACAAAGUGACAACCAACCAAAAUGGGGUGAUUUGGACAUGGUGAGAGUAUGGUAUAGAUUGGGAUUUGUUGUCGAGAAGGAAAACAUCCUUGGUAACGAUAAAGCAUUCGUUGAGAUUGAACACGCACAAAUUUAUGGAGUCGAUAUUCAACAAGCGGAUUAUAAAACCCUAGACGAUCUUUACGGUUUACUUAAAAUUGCACUACAAGUUGAACUUAGUACUAUUCCGCCGUAUCUUUAUGCUUUGUAUUCCAUAAAACAAAACAAGACUGUAGGUGACUUGGUUAGCUAUAAAAUUCGCCAUGUGGCUGCGGAGGAAAUGUUGCACUCAUCACUUGUAGCGAAUCUUAUGGUUGCUAUUGGACGCGAGCCCAUAUUCUAUUCCCAGGAAAUGAUGCCUUUCUAUCCAAAUCCUCUUCCCCAUUUCGCCGAUGGUUCUUUACUGGUGAACUUGUCAAAAGCAGAUGUAAAUACCAUCGAAACUUUUAUAGAAAUUGAGCGACCGGAACCAAAACCAAAACAACAAGAGCAACUUCGCAGAGCGUUAAAAUCGAUUAAGCUUUCGGAAUCGGUCCAAGAUAUAAACUUUGAAAGUAUUGCGACACUUUAUGAAAAAAUUCUAGAAUUGUUCCAAAAACUCGAUGGUAAAAUCGAAUAUCAAACCAACUUUCAGCUUGGACCUGGUAUGGGUUAUGCUCCGAGUACGGGUGCAGAUAACGAAAGGGGUUUGAUUGUUAUUAAAGAUUUAAAAAGCGCUACGGAUGCUAUUAAUUUGAUUAUUGAACAGGGCGAAGGAGGGAUAUUACCGCCACCUCUACCUUUGAAUAAUCUAAUCUUCACCGGGACUUUCACCGGUGAAACUAAAGCUGCGAUUAAUAGCGGUCAAUUUGAUAUCAAUAUCAAAGGGAAAAUUCAAGGAACUAUCAAUGACGAAAAUAAAACCAUCGUUGGAAAAAUCGAAAAUGGAACAAUCGAAGGAAACAUUGAAGACAAUCUCACUGUUGUAGGAAAAAUUGUAGGAAUUUUUAGAGGAAGCAAAAACGAUAAAGUUGUUGAACAAAUAAUCGAAGGAAAUUUUGUUAGCAACAAUAUCAUUGGGAAAAAGAAAGCUGAUACUACUGAUGAUAUCUUUAUUGCAACCAAUGUCCAAACAAGCUUACACGGAAAAAUCAAUAACGCAAUACUCGAAGAAGAUUCCCACUAUAAUACGUUCAGAAUGUGUAAGAUGUUCAUCGAAAACGCAUCCGCGCCAGAAUAUCAGCUCUGGCCUGUCGUAGACAAUCCAAACGUAUCAUCGUACAACGAUCCAAAAAUUAUUAGUACCGCUACUGCGUUCAAUGCUGCCUAUUCCUACCUUAUGCUUUUAUUGCAAAGCGCUUGGACAGUCGACGGUCACAAGAAAAGGACGUUCAUAAUUGGAGGGAUGCCGGCAUUAAUGCAUGGCAUUUUGAGGCCCAUAGCGAUAUUUCUUGCUCAAAACCCCAUUUCUACUGAUACAAAUGCGGGAGCUACCUUUGGCUUUUAUCGAUUCACUCGUGAGUCUAGUCCGAAAGAGCAACUAGACGCAGCUAUUCAAGAAGCUUCUAAGGCCUUCCCAACUAGCAAAGAAUUGCAGAGUGCGGCAAACGUAGUCAAGACAUUACCGGAUAUUUCCUUGCCAAUCUUUUGA